UAACUGGUCUGGUGCUUCUGGCAUUUAGAAAGCUUUGUUUCUUACAUGACUGUUGGAGUUGUGGAGACAUGAUAGCCGGUAGUUUCAGAGACUGUAAAGCAUGGCAGGCAGAAGGUUUGCCUCUGUCCACCACCAGUGAUGAUGCCUGCAAACUGUACGAUGCUAUACUUACUCAGAUAGUGACCUGGCGUAAUGAUGAGUCCCUGGGGGGGAUUGAGGGCUGUCUGUCCCGACUGAAGGCUGCUGACCCCAGCUUUGUAAUGGGCCAUGUGGUCAGUGCGGGCCUGGAGCUGAUUGGAGGCAGUAGCUCGGUACUACGGAACGAGCAGCUGGCCAGAGCUGUGAGGAGGACCCUGGAGCUGGCCCAGCAGCAAGACCUCACACCCAGAGAGAGACUCCAUACCAGGGCUCUGGAACAGCUAUCCAGAGGAUGUCUGUCCAAGGCCAGUGACCUCUGGGACGAGAUCCUGGUGUCGUACCCCACAGACAUGCUGGCCAUCAAGUUUGCACAGGUUAACCUUUUCUUCCUGGGUUACAAGACCCAAAUGAGAGACACGUUGGCUCGCGUUCUGCCCCACUGGAAGCCCCACAUGCCUUUGUACAGCUACCUUAAAGGGCUGUAUGCAUUUGGACUGCUGGAGACUAAUUUUUAUGACAAGGCAGAAAAACUUACAAAAGAGGCCCUGACACUGACCCCAGAUGAUGCUUGGAGUGUGCACACCAUGGCACAUGUGCACCACAUGAGAGCUGAACUGGACCAGGGCCUGAGAUUCAUGGAGGCAAAUGAGAAGGACUGGAAGGGAGCUGAUAUGCUGGCCUCUCAUAACUACUGGCAUUGGGCUCUGUACCACAUUGAGAAGGGGGAGCAUGAGGCAGCUCUAAAGAUAUAUGAUGCUCAGGUCGCGCCACGCUGCAUGUCUAGUGGAGCCAUGCUUCCAACAGUCGACUGCUGUUCCAUGCUCUAUAGGCUGGAAAUGGAGGGCAUGAGUGUGAAGGAACGCUGGCAGAAGCUAUUCAGGGUGACCCAGGCUCACAUGGAUGACCAUGUGCUGCUCUUCAAUGACCUGCACUUCCUCAUGGCAUCACUAGGUGCCAAGGAGCGUGAAGCAUCCCACAGGCUGUUGGGAACCUUGCAGGAGCUGGCAGAGGACCCUGGAGAACACCAUUUACGGCAGCUGGCGAGGCCCAUUGGAGUGCCCAUGUGCCAGGCUCUGGUGGAGUAUGAUUGCGGCAACUGUAACCGUGCAGUUGAACUUCUGCUGCCAAUCCGGUACCGCUUCCAGGAGAUAGGGGGCAGUGAUGCACAGAGAGACGUUCUCGAUCAGCUUCUCAUUCACGCGGCAAUGAAAUCUGAGGAAGAACAGCAUCACAAACUAGCCAGAUGCCUACUCACGGAGCGAGAUGCCGCUCAGCCCAACUCCCCACUGACGCACCGACUGAUCCAGAGGGCCAGUGGUCUGCAGAGAUAGACAGAGGACAGUUUUCUGUGCCACAAAGACAAUGAUAUCUGCAGCAUCACUGAUUUGAGUGUCAUGGAUGACUGAUUGACUUUGCAAAAUAAUCAGGCCUAAUAAUACACACUUUUUAUGAUGAAAUGAGCAUGAUACCAGUAAUUUGCAACAUUUCCAAAGAAAAAGAUACUGGACAACUUAAUGAAAACCAUUUAGGGAACCAAAAUACAAAAAAAAACAAAAAACAUUAGUAAGCCUGUAACUGAAAUCACUAUGAUGCUAUCAAAUGUAACUCCAGCAUAUAAACACAUAUAUAGAGAAACACAUUUGAGUAGUACUGAAAAUAUAACUUUUCAAUGAAUAUGUUGUCAGAAAGCAAUGUAUUAAAUUCACUGUAAUGUUAAGAUUGCAAUUUGUAAAAUAUGUUUUGAUGACAAUCAGUUAUCAUGAUUAUAAGGGAGGGGGUAAGGAGGCACGGUCUUUAACAUCAAGAACAGCUUCCUUUUCCAUUGUGAGACUGGAUACUGGGGUGGGUACAGGUAUAAAUACAAUAGUGCACAUUUUUUAGUGGUAAGACCCCUCCCCAAAUAAUUAGAUUUGCCUGAAAUAUAAAUAAUUCAUAAACAUAUGGUCUUUGGCAGUAUUUUUAUUGCAAACUCACUCUCACAGGACUUUUUCAGAAUCAAUAUCAGUUAGUUGUCAGCAAAUUCUCAUUCAUUUUGUAAGUGACAGGCACAAGACAGGAAAUAACCCAUCAUAGAGCACACUCACACCUACAGAGUGUCAUGCCCUGCUCGUCGGCUCCUCGUGUGUGCCACGCCCCCGGAUUACCCACGUGUUCUUUCCCGAUUUGUACCCAGCUGUGUCUGAUUAUUUUCAAUCAGUCCUGUGUAUUUCAGUCCGUGUCUUACCUGAGUCCUUUGUCUGUCAUUGAUGUUAGUCAGUGUCUGAUGUCUCCUUCUCCGGUUCCCUUAAAUAAAUCCCCGUUUUCCCUGA